GAUGGAGUGAAAACUGAUUUACCCAGACACUACCUGACAUUUCCUGAUGGCUUUGUUCUGGUGUAUGAUGUGACAAACUGGGACUCAUUUCAAAAACUGGAAAAGCUUAAAAAGGACAUUGAUAAAAACAGAGAAAAAAGAGAGAUUCAUAUAAUUGCCAUUGGAAACAAAAGCGAAGAGCAAGAAAGUCGUCAGGUAGAUUUUAACACAGCACAGAUGUGGGCUAACAGAGAAAAAGUUCGUCUCUGGGAGGCGUCCGUCAAGAGCAGACAAUCACUAAUAGAACCUUUCGUCUGGUUAACGUCCAAGAUAACACAACCACAGAGCAAGUCCACAUUCUUACCAGGUCGGAAGGCCAAGGCUGGUGAACUGUGAACUAGUAAUAAUGCCAUAUUGUAGUAUUUAUUUGUCACUCAUAGCUAUUGUAUGUGAUGUGUCUUUGUGUAGACAAACAAUUGAUCAUACUAUAUAGACUGUUUCAAAACUGGAUGUUUUUAGUAAUAAGAUAUUUAGUAAUGUGACGUACAUCAUGUACCAUAAUUCUAAUCAAGUUUCUUAACUUGUUUCUUUUUAAGUUUAACUUAAAAUUGUUUAAGUUGGAAUGUUUUGUUGAUUAAUUUAACCAGGUAAAUAUACAAGAUACACACAGCAUUAUAUCAUGUGAAGAAGCCCUUGUUUAACCAAACCUGUUAUCUGACUUUGAAAUCCAAGGGUUAGACUCUCGAUUAGUUAUUCCUGUCUCAAGUAAUGACAAAAUAUUCAAUUGUCAGUUUUUCAAAAAAGAAAACUAAACAUGUUUUUGUAAUUACAUAUUCAUAUUUAUUAAUUGUCUCUGGUCUAUAAGGAAGCGUAUACAUGUACAUGGUAUAAAAUAACUAUAAGCUAAAUAUAACUGCAAAAUAUGUUUCUUAAGAAGACUAUCAUCAUGAUGUCUCAGAAUUGAAAACAUUUCCAUACAGAAGGCAUUUCAAGAAGUUAACAAUCUAUCACUUCAGUCACAGAGCAAUUUUUACAAAUCUGUUAACAGUUAUUACUUGAUGAAAAUUCAUUAUGUUUGUUGUCGACAAUAGUCGUGGUCAUAUUAAACAUCUAUGUACUGUUACAUGUGAAGGCCACUGCUAUGUAGUAGGAAGUCACACAACAUUUUGGCAUCCCAUGACCAGUAUCAGAUCUGAAGCCAUCAACUGUAUAUGUAUAUGGACCAUUAUAGGGAGGGCACUAGACAUUGGAGCCCUGCUUUAUAUAAUGUUUGUGCUGUACAUAUUUGUAAAGGAAUACUGCCAGCACAAAUAGAGCUAGGUGGGGACCAGAGGGCAAAGUCAGGAAAACUUUGUGAGGUAGUACUUUAUCUUAUAAAUGUAACAUGUUAUAUAACUAAUCUACAAAUCAUGUAUUAUGUGGUACUUUUUGAAUAUAUGACUGUUUUAAAAUAUAAA